GAGGCGAGGAUCACAGAAGGACUGCACACCGAACACCUCAUAGAGCCUAGUUUAUCCGACAACAUGCAGGCCAGCUCUGUUGUCUUCCUUCUCUGCGCCCUGACCCUCGCCACUGGCUUCGAGUUACUGCCCGAGGAGGGUGCCCCACGCCGAGCUCGCUUUUCCGCCAACAGCCCAACUGAUGUGGCCAGAUGUUUGAAUGGUGCUGUGGCUGUUGGAUGUGGAUUCUUUUCCUGUCUUGAAAACUCCACCUGUGACACUGACGGCAUGCAUGAAAUAUGUGAGCUGUUCCUCCACACUGCAGCCACCUUUAACACAGAGGGUAAAACUUUUGUCAAGAAAAGCCUGCAUUGCAUUGUCCAAGGAAUCAGUGCAAAAGUGUUCCAGACCAUUCGCCGCUGCAACAUCUUCCAAAGAAUGAUUGCAGAGGUGCAAGAAGAAUGUUACACCAGUCUGGACAUAUGCACGGUGGCCCGCACAAACCCUGAUGCUAUUGGAGAGGUGGUACAGGUGCCAGCUCACUUCCCUAACAGGUACUACAGCACUCUGCUGCAAACUCUCCAGGCCUGUGAUGAGCAGACAGUGGACACAGUGAGAGCCGGACUUCUGUCCCGUAUAGGGCCAGACAUGGAGACCUUUCUGCAACUGGUGCAGAAUAAGCCCUGUCCCACUGACUCUAACAAUGCUGCCUACAACAACCCCUCCAGCUGGAGGAACAUGCCUGUGUUCAAUAUCCAGCCGGGAUUCAGGGGCCGAGACCCCACUCACCUGUUUGCCAAGAAAAGAUCUUUGGAUGACAGUGAGGCACAGGCUCCAGCUCAGAACUAACAUCAGACCACAUACAUACACAUACUUUUUACAUUCACACAUGCCAUCACAAUGAGCACACAUAUAUAUAUGCUUUUUUAGAUUGGUGUUAUUUCUCACACAGUUUCCUCACUGUUUUAUCCUAUUUGCAAAGUCUACCCUCAAUUUUGACAAUUUAUCAUUUGUGCAGCUAAAAACUGUAUGAUUUGAAGCACAGUUGUUCUAGCUUGCUGUAUUUUUGGUUGAAAUACUGUUUUCUGUAUUAGAGGUUUAAUCUUACCAACAAUAUACUAUAAGCUAAUUUAUUUUAAUUUAUAGGGCAGAGACAGUGAGUGUAUUGCCCAAAUUGUAUGUUUAAUUUGGAGAGUAUAUAGAAAGUUUAUAUUGAUGAGGUUUGCCAUGCUGGUCAUGGAGCUACAUUCUCUAACAUUGAUUCUGUUUUGAGAACAACUUACACCUAUGCAAGUAAAAUGAGUGAAGUGAUUUAACCCUCAAAAGAGCCUUGAAUUUUAAAAAUGAGAUUAAAGUUACAUUAUGACAAGA